AGGGGCGGGGCCGACGCCGGGCGGCGGGCGGGGUGCGCGGCUCGGCUCCUGCGAGAACAGCAGGGCGGCGGAGCUGGAGCCGGAGCCCGAGCCAGAGCCCGGGCUAGAGUCGGAGCGGGGGACGGGCCGAAGCGGGCUCCAGCGACAUGGGAUCCGCAGACUCCAAGCUGAACUUCCGGAAGGCGGUGAUCCAGCUCACCACCAAGACGCAGCCUGUGGAAGCCACGGAUGACGCCUUUUGGGACCAGUUCUGGGCAGACACAGCCACCUCAGUGCAGGAUGUCUUUGCGUUGGUGCCGGCGGCAGAGAUCCGGGCUGUGCGGGAAGAGUCCCCCUCCAACCUGGCCACCCUGUGCUACAAGGCUGUGGAGAAGCUGGUGCAGGGAGCUGAGAGUGGCUGCCACUCGGAGAAGGAGAAGCAGGUUGUCCUAAACUGCAGCCGGCUGCUCACCCGCGUGCUGCCCUACAUCUUCGAGGACCCCGACUGGAGGGGCUUCUUCUGGUCCACAGUGCCCGGGGCAGGACGAGGAGGGGGUGAGGAGGAGGAUGAGAAUGCCCGUCCCCUGGCCGAGUCCCUGCUCCUAGCCAUCGCCGACCUGCUCUUCUGCCCAGACUUCACAGUCCAGAGCCACCGCAGGAGCACGGUGGACUCAGCAGAGGAUGUCCACUCCCUGGACAGCUGUGAAUACAUCUGGGAGGCUGGUGUGGGCUUUGCCCACUCCCCGCAGCCUAACUACAUCCACGACAUGAACCGGAUGGAGCUGCUGAAACUGCUGCUGACGUGCUUCUCUGAGGCCAUGUACCUGCCCCCAGCUCCAGAAGGUGGCAGUACCAACCCAUGGGUUCAGUUCUUUUGUUCCACGGAGAACAGACACGCACUGCCCCUCUUCACCUCCCUCCUCAACACCGUGUGUGCCUAUGACCCCGUGGGCUACGGGAUCCCCUACAACCACCUGCUCUUCUCCGACUACCGGGAGCCCCUGGUGGAGGAGGCUGCCCAGGUGCUCAUUGUCACCUUGGACCACGACAGCGCCACCAGCACCAGCCCCACUGUGGAUGGCACCACCACAGGCACUGCCAUGGACGAUGCCGAUCCUCCAGGGCCCGAGAACCUGUUUGUGAACUACCUGUCCCGCAUCCAUCGGGAGGAGGACUUUCAGUUCAUUCUCAAGGGCAUAGCCCGGCUGCUGUCCAACCCCCUGCUCCAGACCUACCUGCCCAACUCCACCAAGAAGAUCCAGUUCCACCAAGAGCUGCUGGUCCUCUUCUGGAAGCUCUGUGACUUCAACAAGAAAUUUCUCUUCUUUGUGCUGAAGAGCAGUGAUGUGCUGGACAUCCUGGUUCCCAUCCUCUACUUCCUCAAUGAUGCACGAGCAGAUCAGUCUCGGGUGGGCCUGAUGCACAUCGGCGUCUUCAUCCUGCUGCUCCUGAGUGGGGAGCGGAACUUCGGGGUGCGGCUGAACAAGCCCUACUCAGUGCGUGUGCCCAUGGACAUACCUGUCUUCACUGGCACCCACGCAGACCUGCUCAUUGUGGUAUUCCACAAGAUCAUCACCAGCGGCCACCAGAGGCUGCAGCCCCUCUUUGACUGCCUCCUCACCAUCGUGGUCAAUGUGUCGCCCUACCUCAAGAGCCUGUCCAUGGUGACUGCCAACAAGUUGCUGCACCUGCUGGAGGCCUUCUCCACCACCUGGUUCCUCUUUUCGGCUGCCCAGAACCACCACCUGGUCUUCUUCCUUCUAGAGGUCUUCAACAACAUCAUCCAGUACCAGUUUGAUGGCAACUCCAACCUGGUCUACGCCAUCAUCCGCAAGCGCAGUGUCUUCCACCAGCUGGCCAACCUGCCCACUGACCUGCCCGCCAUCCACAAGGCCCUGCAACGGCGACGGCGGACCCCCGAGCCCUUGUCCCGCACAGGUUCCCAGGAGGGUGCCUCCAUGGAGGGUUCCCGCCCUGCUGCCCCUGCAGAGCCGGGUACCCUCAAGACCAGCCUGGUGGCCACCCCAGGCAUAGACAAGCUGACAGAGAAGUCCCAGGUGUCAGAGGAUGGCACCUUGCGGUCCCUGGAGCCUGAGCCCCAGCAGAGCUUGGCAGAAGGCAGCCCAGCCAAGGGGGAGUCCAGCCAGCCAUGGAGGGAGCAGCGUCGACUGUCCAGCCCAUCAGCCAGUGGCCAGUGGAGCCCGACGUCAGAUUGGGUCCUCUCCUGGAAGUCGAAGUUGCCCUUGCAGACCAUCAUGCGGCUGCUGCAGGUGCUGGUCCCCCAGGUGGAGAAGAUCUGCAUUGACAAGGGCCUGACGGACGAGUCAGAGAUCCUGCGGUUCCUGCAGCACGGCACCCUGGUGGGACUGCUGCCCGUGCCCCACCCCAUCCUCAUCCGCAAGUACCAGGCCAACUCGGGCACCGCCAUGUGGUUCCGCACCUACAUGUGGGGUGUCAUCUACCUGAGGAAUGUGGACCCACCCAUCUGGUAUGACACCGAUGUGAAGCUCUUUGAGAUCCAGCGGGUGUGAGGAUGGAGGCCUGCAGAGAAAUGGAGUGGGGGCCCCUGGUCCCUAUUGCUCCCCCUGCCCCGGUCUUCUGAGCUUUAAAUGACCACCACCAUGGCCUGGGGUGGGCAGAGUGGCCAGGUCCUCCUGGGUGGCAGGCCCCGGGGCUCCUAAUGCCUGGGGAGGAUGGAGCCCAGUUCUAACCCCCUUCUCCCCAGACGGGCCUCCUAGGAGCCUCGUGCCUCUGUGACUACAGGUCCUGCCAGAGCCCCCUCCCUGUUCUGGUUCCCUCUUCAAGACACAUUUCUGUGCUGACCCCUCAGUGCCUGCACACUCCUGUGCUGCCCCACAGGUCACUGUGCCCUGAUGGGUUUGCCCAAGGAGCCGUGGGCUGUCCUGAGGCACCUGGGCAGGUCUAGGGGAACCCUCCUGGCCUUCUACCCUGAAACCACUUGUUCUAGGUCGGAUCUCUGCCAGGGCCCACAGGAAAAUGGAGUGUGACCAGGCUGUUGGCUGAGGGGGCUGGGGGCUGGCCGACUACAGAGCCAGACUGGGGGCUCUUGAGGGUUUUAGGGGUUUGGAGUGGGGUAUUGAGGGUCCCCUUAAUAUUCCCUGGGUCAGUGGAUACAGCCUUGCUGUUGGGCAGGACCAGGGGGCAGUUGUCAACCCUACCUGCCCCACCCACUGUGUGGAGGAUGGGGGUGCCACCACUCCAGCGGCCCCCCGCUCGGGCCUCUGGGUCUCCCUCGCCCCACCUGGUCAGUACAAUCUUUGCUCUGUACAAUCGGCCACUUUACACAA